AUGGUGUCUUCCAGCACCGAAAGAUUACAUGGAGACAAACAGCAACGAUCUUUAAAAAAAGUUAUUAUUGAUUACGUAUUUGUAAAACAAAAGAAUAUUUUUAUACAUAGUCAACCUUUUAUUCCAAAUGAAAAAAAAUCAAAAAAAAUAACCGCUAAAGAGAUGGACGGUUUUUUAAAAGUGUUUCCAUCUAUAAUCGACGUUUUGGACGAUGACAUAAAAAUGCGAAAUAUACCAGAUUUAGAAAUGUCUUUUAAAAAUGUUUUAAUAAAUAAUGUUCCUAAAGGAAAGAAAAACAGAGCUCGACCAUUCUUACACAUUUAUAAAAAUGUUGAAAAUUAUGAACAUAUGAGUCCAAGAAAAACUCGUUUAUCUUAUAUUUUGGGUUGGUGUCUAGAAAUAAUUCAAGCUGCCUGUGUCAUACUUGACGAUAUGAUGGACGAUUCCAAAUAUAGAAGAGGAAUGAAAAGUUGGCAUCAACACGAAUCUGUCGGUCAACGAGCAUUCAUAGAUGCUCUUCUCUUAGAAAAUUUCGUUUUCCUCGUUUUACAAAAACAUUUUUCUCAACUCCCAAUUUACGUUCCAAUCGUACACCUAUUUCAAGAAACUAUGAGAAAAAUGGGGUACGGUGAAAUUCUUGAUUGGAUGGCCUUAAAAAAAAAUAACCCCGACUUAAAAAGAUUUAAUCUAAAUUAUUAUCAAUCCAUAGUUUACUACAAAACUACGCCAUCGAUUAUUGAAAAGCCUUAUUAUUUAGCAAAGAUUUUAAAUAAUAACUUUCAAUCACCAAUUUCGGAGGAUUUAAAAAAAAUUUUGAUCAAAAUCGGGGAGUUUUAUCAAGUACAAAACGAUUUUUUGGAUUGUUAUGGUGAGAAUGAUAAUUUUAAAACUAGCAAUGAUAUUCAAGAAGGAAAAUGUUCAUGGCUAAUUGUAACCGCAUUGGAAAAAGCAAAUUUGCAACAAAAAAAAUUGUUAGAAAAUCACUACGGAAGAAAGGAACCUGAAUCUGUUCAGAUUGUUAAGGAUUUAUAUAAAGAAAUUAAUCUACCUAAAGAAUACGCUAAAAGAGAAUGGGAUUUUUUUGAGUUUAUUAAUAAUAAUAUUGAUGUGGUUUCCGCAAUUAACGAUUAUGAAUCUACCUUUAAACGUUUAGAGUAUGUGUAUGACAAAUAUAUUUAACGCUAUACAUUGAUUAUAUAUAUUUAAAAUAAUAGUGAAUGCAUUGCUUAAGGUGUGUGUUUUCCAGGACGAAAUAAAUAAUAUAGAAAACGGA